UGUGUCGACAUCGCUCGGCGCAGUUCCCCCCUGUAUCACUUCCGCCACCACGGGGACCAGAGAGUAACCGGUCAUUAGCCAAAUCAAAAUACAAAUAAUGGGCAAGAAGCACAAGAAACACAAGUCCGAAAAACACGGAUAUGAAGAGUACGCGGAGAGGCCACUGAAGCUGGUGCUGAAGGUGUCGGGAAACGAGGUGACGGCGGGGAGCUCGAGUCUGGACAAGUUUUACGACGAGCAGCCGGCGGAGCACGACAAACCCAAAGAGAAGAAGAAGAAAAAGAAGAAGGACAAGGAGAAGAGCUUAGGGUCACCGGAGGAUGACCGAGGGAAGAAGAAGAUGACAAAAAAGAAGAAGGGACAGGAUGCGGAUGGAGAUGAUGAGAGAGAACAGAGCAGAACUCCGAUCCGCUCGGAGCUGGACAAACAGGAAGAGAAAGAACAGACUCCUCUGCAGGAAGCUUUGAACCAGCUCAUCAGGCAGCUCCAAAGGAAAGACCCCAGUGCGUUCUUCUCGUUUCCAGUGACGGACCUCAUUGCUCCGGGCUACUCUUUGAUUAUCAAGCGUCCUAUGGAUUUUAGUACAAUGAAGGACAGAGUAAAGAAAGAGUGCUACCAGUCUUUGGAUGAGCUCAAGGUGGAUUUCCGGAUCAUGUGCGAAAACGCCAUGAUUUACAACAAACCCGAGACCAUCUACCACAAAGCCGCUCGGAAACUCUUACACUCUGGAAUGAAGAUCUUGAGCCAGGAGAGGCUGGAGAGCCUGAAGCAGAGCAUAGAGUUCAUGUCUGGCCUCGACCCUUCGGUCAAACAACCAGGGAAGUCUGAGGAACAAGGGGGCACCGGCCUGAACCAGAACAGAGAAGGACCCUCAACCACAGACGGCAGCGAGCGCUCCCAGACGCCCGGCACACCCAGACAGGACAAGGACUCCAAGGACGAAGCAGCAAAGGCAGAGAAAGAGCUGGAGGAAAUUCGCAAGGCCAUUGCGGAGUCUGGAGGAAAGCUUUCCAACAGAGUGCUGCAGUGUGAGUUGGAGUUUGUGAGGCGGAAGUCUGACGGCUCCACCACCCUGGCUAUCCUCAACCCAGCAGAUCCAGCAGUAGGAGAUGCCGGUUACUGUCCGGUGAAACUGGGCAUGAUGUCCAAUCGGCUGCAGAGCGGCGUGAACACCCUGCCGAGCUUCAGGGAGGACAAGAGGAACAGGAUCACUCCAGUGUCCUACAUGAGCUACGGGCCGUUCACCUCCUACGCACCCACCUACGACUCCAGCUUCGCCAACAUCGGCAAGGAGGAUUCUGACCUCAUCUACUCUCUCUACGGAGAGGAGUCGAGUCGGCAGGGCUCAGACAGCUUGUCAGAAUUUCUGGCCAAAUCCGACGAGUACGUGUACAAACUGGCAGACAACCUUCUGGAUGCAAUGACGAAUGGAGAGCAUUCAAAAACCCUAAUGGAGCCGCCGGUGGAGGAGCCAGGAAACACACAGGAGAAGAAGGACGACAAGGAGGUAGCUGGACCUGAAGCAUCCAGCUGCAGCAGGCUCCACCCCCUGUGCAUGGCUGAGGAGCUCUCUGGAGAGGCCCUGCACUUCCAGCAGAAACUGGACGAGACUACAAAGCUGCUGCACAACUUGCAGGAAGCGCAGAAGGAGCGUCUGAGCGCCAAGCAGCCUCCCAACAUGAUCUGUCUGCUGGCCCCGACUGCCAAGGAGCUGGAGCUGGCUGAGAAGGUGACGGGGAAUCUGGCUGAGCUGACCGGCCGAGUGGCCCCGUGUGACGUCAGCACCGUCUAUGGCAUCAGAAAGGCCAUGGGCGUCGCCGUUCCUCCGGGACCACCUGAGCCCCUCAUCGGCCUCUCGACAGUGUUUUCAGCGGAGGAGACGGCCGAACCAAUGGAGACCUCGUCCACUCAUCAAGAUGCGGUUCCGGCGGUGGCUGUAAAAUGAAAUUUCAACCAGGCUCAUUUCGUUUUUUUAAAUUAAGUUUUGUAUGAAAAGGUGCUUUUUGUGACGUUUGUAUGCAUUUCAAUCAAUAAACCAUUUUUUUUAAUGUAGAAA